AUGUCCGCUACGGGCAUGGAAAACCUUGAGGGUGCGGACUCGACGCAUAACACCAAGGUGUCCGAUUCCGCCUACUCCAACAGUUGCAGCAACAGCCAGUCGCAGAGAAGUGGAAGUUCAAAAUCACGCCACAGCGGCAGUAACUCGUCCGGCAGUAGCGGAUACGGCGGUAAGGCUUCGACCCAGGCCAGCAGCAUUGCGCCAAUCCCACAACAAGCCGCCAAGCGCAACAAGGAAAAGGAUCGUAAGAAGAAGAAGCUAAAGACGAGCGCUGACAGUGUUGUGCCGGGACCGAAUGGAUCUUCAACCGGCACCAACACGGCAGGACCCGCGGCCGGUGGUACGAGUGCCACCGUUGGUGUGGAACAGCAGAAUCUGUCGGGCUGCGGUGAUCCCGAACCGAUGGAUACGAUGCCCGGAAAUGUUUCCAUUAACAGCGGGUCUGCCGCAACGGGCGACAUAGGCGCGGGAGGAUCUGGCGUGCAAACGUCCGCUCAUGGCGGAGAGCCGAACGAUCGUCACGAGAUGAGCGUUGCUAGCGGUGGCAAGUGUGCGAAUGGGGUCGAACAAGUCGGUGUGGGAGUGGCCGCCGCCGCUGCUGCAGCCGGUGCAGCACAGAUCAUCAGCGAUGAGAACACUGAGGACGACCGCAAACACAUGUCGCAGGAACAAAUGCAUAGGUCGAGUGCGUCAACCAAUGCCGAUCUGCAGAAGAAACUGAUUGCGCAUAGCAUUCUUCCCGGACCGGCACCCCUACCGGCCGGUGUGGCCUCCAUUGUCAAUUCGAUCGCCACCGGUGAAUCCGACCACAAGUCGUCCGGACUGAGAGCCAACAAAGUCAGCGGGGAGCACACCGUAUCCGGCAGUGGCACACUCCUGGGUGUGGUACUUGCCGAGCAGCAUUGUCAACCGAAGCAACAGCAACACCAUCACGGCGUGCAGCAACAUCAACAUCCCAAACAGCAACACUCGACGAAGCAGGAUGCAGGUCCGCAGAACCAACAGCAUGGAUUGCAAGUACCGCAACAACAUUCCGCUUCCCAGCAGCAGCAACCGCACCACCACCAUCACCAUCCGCUGCAACCGCAACAGCAGCACGACAAGACGGUGCAACAGCCGCAGCAACAAUCAAACACACCGCGCACCAACAAGCCGGACGUGGAGGAUGGCUUCUGCUGUGUCAUCUCCAUGCACGACGGGGUCGUCCUGUUCACGACGCCAAGCAUCACGCACAGCCUCGGCUUCCCGAAAGACAUGUGGUUGGGGCGAUCGUUCAUCGACUUCGUGCACCCGAAAGACCGGGCCACGUUUGCGAGCCAGAUCACAUCGAAGGUGGUGGUACCGCUCGGUGAAUCGAAGAGCGGUCAAAAGGAUCAGAAGAAUUCGCUGUACGUGAUGUUGCGUAAGUAUCGCGGUUUGAAGACGGCCGGUUUCGGCGUCACCAAAACGACCGUCAACUACGAACCGUACCGGUUGGUGCUGACGUUCCGCGAGGCGCCGGCUGAGAAUGCGGACGUCAUGAGCGGACGUAGCAUACUGCUGAUUAUCUCCGCGACACCGGUCAAGAGCGUGUACAAGGAGCCGAAUGAAUCUCUGUGCGAGCGGGAGCUGAAGUUCAACACGCGCCACACCACGUCCGGAGUGCUGAGCUACGUGGAUGGGAAUUCGGUCGAGUCGAUCGGUUACCUGCCGCAGGACAUACUCGGCCGGUCGGUAAUGGAGCUGUACCAUCCGGACGACAUGCCCAUCCUGCGGAAGGCGUACGAAACGGUGAUGGUGAAAGGGCAGACCGCGGGCGCAUCGUUCGUCAGCCAACCAUACCGCUUUCUGGUGAACAACGGAUGCUACAUUGUGCUCAGCACCGAAUGGACGAGUUUCGUCAAUCCGUGGUCCCGUGAGCUGGAGUUCGUCAUCGGCAACCAUCGCAUCCUGCAGGGCCCAUCGACGGCGGACGUGUUCGUGUCGCCGUUCUACUGCCAAACGCAGAACCAAUUUUCGGACGAGGCGCUUAAGGAGGCGAAAAUGAUCGAGGAGCAGAUCUUGCGCAUGCUAAAGGAACCGGUCGCCAAACCGUCGGACAUGGUGAAGCAGGAGGUGUCCAAGCGGUGCAAAGCACUCGCCUCGUUCAUGGAGGAGCUAAUGGACGAGGUGGCGCAGCCGGAGCUCAAGCUAAACUUGCUCAAUGAGUCGGAUUUUACCUUCUCGGAGCGGGACUCCGUGAUGUUGGGCGAGAUAUCGCCACACCAUGAAUAUUUCGACAGCAAGAGUUCGUCGGAAACGCCGCCGAGCUACAAUCAGCUGAACUACAACGAGAACCUGCAGCGCUUCUUCGACAGCCGGCCGGCAAUGAACAUCGAGGAGCAGAUGAAGAUGGACUCAUCCGGCGGUACCAACACGGAAACGAUCGGCGACGAACAGUCGCACGCCGUCAGCCCAAACCAGCGCGAGUUUAGCGCGAGCGGGGGUGGCGGGAGUGGCGGUUCGGCUGGGAACUUUAGCUCCGAAAGCAACGCACAGAUGGACAGUACGACCAACACCACCAGCAACACGGGUGGGACGGGCGGGACGGGUACGUCCUCUGGUGGUGGGGGCAGCUUUCAACCACCGACCCUCACGGAGGAGCUGCUCUGCAAGCACAACGAGGACAUGCAGAAGGUCAUGCUCAAGAAGCACCGGGAGGCACGGAUGGUCGCGCGCGGAACCGACAAGAACAAGAAGGGCCCCCCGGACAAAGGUGGGUACGGGGGUGGCACCGUUGGUCACGGUGUCAAGCGUGGAUCAUCGCACUCCUGGGAGGGUGACGCACACAAAACCAUCAAGCACCAGCACAAUCCGGAUCCGAACGGUGGUUGCACUUCCAUUCAGCAGCAGCAGCAGCAGCAACAGCAGCAGCUGCAGCAGAAGAUGGGCCCGGUGGCACCUCAUGCCCUGCAGCAACAGCUGCUCAUACAACAGCAGCACCAGCAGCUACAGCAGCAGCAGCAGCUUCAACAGCAACAGUUGCAGCAACAGCAACAGCAGCAUCAACACCAUCAGCAAACCAAUGUGCAUCUGCACUACAAAGCACAGCACGUGUCGCAGCAUCAGCAUCAGCAGGGGCUCUACGGUCAAUCGUCAUUCCAGCAAACAACCCUGCAAAACCUAUCCACCGGACAGCUGCAGCAAACGCAGCAACAUCAACACCACCAGGAACAGCUGAUUCCACACCAAUCGAGCCAGCAACAUGCGUACCAAAGUCAAAUCCCGAGCAACGGUUUAGGUCUAUCCAGCCAGACAGAGAGCGUCCUUGCAGGCAACCAACGGUCGUCCUUUAACACGACCUUCACAACACCAUCGAUCUUGACACCGCAGAUGACGUACGGUACGCACAGCGGCAACAUUACCGGCCGUACCGGUGACCUUUGGCCACCGUUCAGCGUGAGCGUAACAACGAUGCAAGCGUCGGCCGGGGCCGGAACCGGAACGACCAGCUUCGUACCUUCGCACAGCAUUUUCCCCACCCUGUACUACAUCCCGGCGGCCGCAGCAGCAGCGGCGGCGGCCGCCGCCACGGCCGCCCCACAACCGGCACCGGUAGCCGCACUGGAGACGCUACCGCGGCUCAAUCCGAUCACCGUACCGUACAUGGCGGCCGGUGUCAUGUAUCCGCAUCCGCAGCUUUACCAGCAGUCGCUCCUGUAUCCGCCAAUGAUGUACCACGCGAUGCCUUACCAACCAUUACCACCACCGUGCGGGCUCGACAGUGACACGCGCAAUCAUCCGCACCAACAGCACCAGCAACAGCAGCAACAACAACGGCAACAGCAACAGCAGCAGCAACAGCAACAGCAGCGGCUACAGUCACAAACCGGUCAAUCGGCAGGUGGCCCCGGACAAACGACCUCCGGCGGCAUUGCUGUGGUGCUGGGACCGACCGCCGGUGGGCAAACUUCCGCACAAUCCUCCGAGGUGCCUGGUGCGACAGCGACCGGUGGCCAUACCGGGGGCAACAGUGGCAAGCUACCCGCACACAUUACAGUGCCACCCUCAGCCGGCAGUGGCUCCCAAUCGCAAACACCGUUCCAGCGUCCAUCCUCACAGGCGACAUCCGUUAAAGCUGAACCGGGAUCAGCAUUGGGAAGUAUUGCAUCCGCUUCAAUCGUCGUUAACCGGGCAUUUUCGGAGUCUUCAAAGAAGGAUCUUAUCGAUUCGCCUCUUAUCUCGAACGUUGACUGUACCGACUGUGCACUGGAUGAAGUGCUCGAGAAGCACUGUGAUGGUAUUGCGAACGGCAUAGAUCGGCGCGUGAAUGGAAGUUCAAGACAUACCGGGCAGCUAGACAAGCUGCCGAGUGGCGUUGGUACCACCGGUAUCGGCGCACCCGGUGGCGCUGUGGUCGGAAUGUGUGAAGUCAGUGACGACAUGGACGAAUCAAGCUUUUCAAGCUUCUACUCCAGCUUUCUCAAAACGGACAACUCCUCCGAAGGGCAAAACGGUGCCGAGCGCAAGGAGUCGAGCGAAAUGUGCUGGGAAAGUGGUUCGAACAAUGCGACCUCGAAUAACCGGAUGCAUGGAGACGGUUGCGGUGAGUCCGGCAAUCAGGAUACGCGUGACAGUGGAAAGCGGAACGGUGCGGGUGAGGGAACUGGUACUAUGGUGCGACCCGGCGGUGCAAGCGCAUGCCGUGCCAAGCGACGUCCAAAUCCUCCAUGGUUGGAUAACGUGUGCCAGACAAAGGACCUCAUCUACCGCUACCAGAUCAAUGAACGAUCUCUUAAAGAGUUGUUGGAUUCAGACAAUUUGGCGCUUAAGAAAAUAAGCCAGCCCAUCUUAGUUAACGAUCAGCUGGGUCAGCUGUACCUUGAUCUCGAACUGGAAGGCCUUUCGGCGAAGCUGUCGCUUAGCGAAGCCACAUCCGGUAGCAGCAGCGAUGACUGUGACACCAAGGACAAAGCCAAAGUGAACAAGCGCAACAUGAAGUACAGUAAACUGGUCAUGAUCUACGAGGAGAACGCACCCUUCCCACCACCGAACGAUUCCGAGCCAUAG